CGGGCAUCACGGUUACAGGGAACUCGGGCUCGGGUCGGGGCCUCAGGGGGCUCGGGGGAAACAUGACAUAAACUACCAGGGCCCAGGGGAGAAUGCUCCCGUUGCCUACUAUGUAUUCUUUGCUGCUUUUCCGAGCCCGUCUUUUAUGUUCUUGCCUCGAAAGCUGGGAUAGCCCGAGAAGUCCCCUUCCCCACCCCCUAAGUCCUGUUCUCGAGAGUUCCUGUAUACGUUCUUGUUUCGGCUCCCUCUCGCCGUCCUCUCUCGACACGACAAGAGUGCGAACCGUCUUACUCAACCUUAACCAGGAUUCCGACGAUCAACAUGGCACCAAGCGACAACGGGCAUGCGAACGGCAAACCGGCCGCGCCCGCGGUCGACAUCUCUGUCGCCCUGAACCCCAACGCUCCGGAGAGAGUGCCGGGUCUGAUCCAGGAGAUCGCAGCGGCCGGCCAGGCUCUGAAUUUUGACGACAGCGCCGCUCGACUGCAGCUGCUCGAGAAGGCCCGUGACCUGGUCCGCGCCCUCGAGACACCUAGAGAAACCAUGAUCAAGCACCUCUGGGCUCAGCCAGCCUGCCUCCUGGCGCUGACCAUCGGCGUCAACACUGGACUCUUCCACCUCCUGAUCGAAGACGGGGCCGGCCCCAAGAAGGCUGAGGGCCUUGCUGCCAAGCUCGGCAUUCACCCUCCUCUACUGUCGAUGGGUUACAUCACUGAGGUUGGACCCGACGAGUACCAGGCGACCAACUUUACCAAGUCUUUGACAAUCCCCAUCAUUGGGGAUGGAUACCCAUGCAUUCUUGGCGGUUGCUACCCUGCUCUCAUCGAGACACCGAAAUGGCUUGCGGAGCACCAAUGGCAGACGCCCAACGACGUGGCGAACGGCCCGUACCAGAAGGCCUACCAGACCAAGCUCAACUUCUUUGAGUGGCUGCAGUCGAACCAGCCGUACGGGAAACAGUUCAACCACCACAUGGGCGGCUACCGGCAGGGCCGGCCGUCCUGGAUGGACCCAGACUUCUACCCGGUGAAGGAGCGGCUGGUGACGGGCCUGGACGAGGGGGCCGAGUCGGUGCUGCUGGUCGACAUCGGCGGCGGCCUCGGCCACGACCUGGGCGAGUUCCGGCGCAAGCACCCGGACGCGCCGGGCCGGCUGGUGCUGCAGGACCUCAAGGUCGUCAUCGACCAGGUGCACGACCUCGACCCCCGCAUCGAGCCCAUGGCGUACGACUUCCACACCGAGCAACCCAUCGUCGGCGCCCGCGCCUACUACAUGCACAGCGUCCUGCACGACUGGCCCGACGAGGUCUGCACCAGCAUCCUCAACCGCGUCGCCGCCGCCAUGCGUCCGGGCUACAGCCGCCUGCUCAUCAACGAGAACGUGAUCCCCGGCACCAACGCCGACUGGCAGGCCACCGCCCUCGACCUCAUGGUCAUGUCCUUGCUGAGCUCCCGCGAGCGCACCGAGGAAGACUGGCGCCGCCUCCUCGAGGGCGCCGGCCUCAAGAUCGUCAAGAUCUGGAGCACCGAUAAGCAGAACGGCGUCGAGAGUCUGAUUGAGUGCGAGCUGGCUUGAUUGAUGGGCCCGUGCCGUCCUUGAUGGAUGCUUCUGGCCGCGCUCCCCCUCUUCCUCCUCAUCCUCCUCCUGCCCAACAAACACAAUGCCCUCCUUUCCCUCUCGUGACAUAAUUAACCAUGCCCAUGCCAAGCACAAUAUGGACGUACCUGAAUGGACUCCUC